AUGUCCCUCAACCAAAUACAAGGUCGUCUAGCCCUAAUUACAGGUGCAUCGGGAGGCAUAGGUGCAGCUUGCGCACACCAACUUGCACAACAUGGAGUCCAUCUCGCCUUGACCUACUCAACCAAUUUGACUUCGAUGAAUACCAUUGUUGCCGACAUUCAAUCCAGGAAUACCGACCAGAAGCUUCGCAUCUCAAUCCACCAGGUCGAUGUUGGUUCCUCUGAUCAGAUCGGGGCCAUGUUUCAACAAAUUGAUGCUGAACACGGCCAACGACCAGACAUUCUUGUCUCAAACGCUGGAUACGGAAAGCGAAUUCCCGAUGUGUCCGAUAUCUCCCUUGAGGAGUUUGAUUUUACUAUUAAUAUCAACCUUCGCGCUUCAUUCAUCCUGGUAAAGGGAGCGGUGGGGCAUAUGAAGGCCCAAAAAUGGGGGCGCAUCAUCUUCAUGUCCUCAAUUGCAGCCCAGGGUGGAGGUAUCAACGGAUGUCGUGAGCUAUUGCAUUUUUUCGCUUCUGUUAAGAAUUUGAGCCAAUAUCUAACCUUUCGUCUUGUUCUAGACUACGCAGCUUCCAAGGGCGGUCUUACCGGUAUGAUGAAGAAUCUCUCCACCCGUCUGGCCGAGUAUAAUAUCAGCGUCAACGAUGUGGCCCCGGCUAUGAUCGGGGAUACUGGAAUGCUUUCUUCUGCAGCAGCAUUCCCUGAAGUGGCGGCGAGUGUCCCACUCAAACGGCUAGGAACUCCAGAGGAAGCGGCAAAUGUCGUUACUAUGUUAGCGAAGACUGGCUAUAUGACUGGUCAGACUCUUUUGUUGGCUGGAGGAUUGAAAUAG